GAAGACUUAUAGCCUUUUUUUUUUUUUUUGAUAGAUUCCUUAUUUUAAAUCAUCCCAUGAUAUUCUAAACCAUCCCAUGAUAUUCUAAACCAUCCCAUCUCAUGUGGAAAACAGAUGCUGAAUUCUGCCCUUUUUUAAAUUUCAUGCUCUGAAACUCUGAUGGUUUCUCCUUUUCACUUAGAAAUAGUGACAAAACAACAAACACAGGACCAUGAUAUGAGCUUCCUGGCCCUUACUUCUCCAUUUAUUUAAUGUACCUGAAAGAGUUACUAAAAUUUUAUUUCUGGUUUUCAUUCAUGGGCUCUGAAAAUAUAGCAUACUUUACAUACUCCAAAGUCUCUUUGAUUGUGGCUGAAAAAAAUACAAAUCUCUACUUAGCUAGUAAGUAAUUUCUGCCUUCAUUGUAGUGCUAUAAGAACAAUGAAGUUUAAAAUUCUGUUUUGAACAAACUUCAGAUCUAAUGGAGGAACAGUGGACAGCAAAAUGAUGUAUUAUAACUAACAUGCAUUUAAGAUUUGUUGUGUGAUAGGUCUUGUCAAAGCCGCGGAAUUUGGAGCUGCAUAAAAAUACAUAUAAACUUACCUGAAGUAAUUGCAUCUACAGAGUUUCUAAAAUGGGUCCAUUGGUGACAGUAUACUCAGAGUUCUUACUCCACCCUCACCAGUGCUGGGUCCCUUCACAAGUACUUCUGUUCUCCUCUUUCUUGCUCUUUCUCUGCAGGUGAGUGGCCUGCUGGCUUAAUUUCCCUAUUUCAUUUCAGCACAGGCACAAUCAAAUCAUCCCAACUGGUGUCCCUUCUGACUGCAGAAAUAAAGAUUUUGAAUCCACUCUAAACGUGACACGUCCCACAUGCUUAGUUUGGAUUUUCCGAGGUGCAGAGCAAAUGUUUGCACAAUUCUGAAAAAACACUGCUAGGAAAAGUUUUUAGGAAUGUAUCUCAUUAUCCUGGGAUAACCCUGCACUCAGAGAAUUAGAAAUUUUUAUUUCUACAAGUUCUACCUUGGUGACUUUUUUCAUUCAGAUCCAGAAGUCAUCCCAUAACUCUUCGAUGAACCCUUACCAGGUAAGACCAGACUAGGUAACAAGAAUCUUUCCCCACCAGUAUGCACUGGCAUCACUCAUUUACUGUAGCUCCAAUUAAUGGUAGUAGAAGUUACACUUGUAAAUUCCCCCACGCAUUAAUGAGUGAACAGACCCCCUCUGUUUAGUUAACCAUCUUCCAGUUACCUGGCACUUUCCCCAUCCCUUGUGAGAUCUCAAAUAUUUAAUUAAAGCCUUUCCCUUUUUUUCCUUUUUCUUUUUUUUUCCUCCCCCCACUCUCCUUCAUUCAGUUUGUUGAGUUGUAAUUCUUGUUGGCCUGAUGCCUUGGCAACAUUCAGCACUUCUAAUUGCCUGUAUAGUCUGGCCUAGUCAUGGAGCCUUUUAACUUUCAUUCAGGCUUCCAGCAGUAUCAGCCUCACUGGUCACAAGCUUCCCACUCAGGUUCCGUUCACAGCCCUUUUGCUGAUUACUUGUUAUGUAUUUAAAGAGCUCCAUACUGUUUAUUUCAUUUCCUGUUUGAGAUAGUCUGUUUGCUUAAUUUUUUUCUAUGCUAAUUUAAUUUUAAACAUAUAGGGCUGUCUUCCUGGUCAAACAAGCCAGAAUUUUGCAUCCAUAUGUUACAUUAAAUAAUAAUAAAACAACAAAUAAUAGUCAAAGCUUUCUACUUCUAUAAUGUCUACUAUUCAAUGAUCUCAUAGCAUUCUUAUUUUACAAGUGGUAAAAUGGUGUCAAGAGACAUGAACUACUUGUUAAACAAUAUGUAUGACAUCUGUUACAGAGCCAGACACAGGAUUGAAUAGUUGGGUUUUCAUUAAUAGCAGUUAGUCUAAAAAUUGCAAUAUGCUAUAGGAAUUAUUAGGUUAAAAUAUGCUUCAACAGAGUGGGCUGUACCCUGGUGGAGACAUGUAUUGUAGAGACUUUUGUUCUCAGAAUAUCGUCUUUAUUGGCAUAUAAGGUGCAGAUGGACAGGGGAAUCCAAUGGAUAUUCAUGUGGACUCUGUAAAGGUUAGUCACCCAUGUAAUUAUAAUUCAUGUUGAUUUUAGAGGCACUAUUAUUAAUCACAAAUAGCCUGGUGGAUUUUUGUUUCAUUUUUUUGUCUGUGUGAAGAUCUAGCAUUCUUAAUUCCCUUUAAUUUCAGCAAACCUCUGGCUUACUAUGGCUACAAUACCUCAUUUAUGUCCCUGCUGAGAUAAUAUGCUUAUGUUAUGAAAUACGAUAAUAUUUUCUGAAUGUGUUCUUUUUCAGUGUCAAACAGCACAUACAGAUAAAUUCAAAGUGAUCACUAUAAUUUUUGGUUUUUAAGCUUGCCCAUGCCCAGCAGCUGAUCGUGGCUCUGUGCUGUGAGGGCUGCUAGGACCUCAUCUAUGGCAAGGUCAAAUUCCUUUGAUCACUCUGCAGGAGUCAAUAGCUGAUUUAAUGCCUGCACUUUACGUUCAGAAGGUGCAUGCUUGUAUUCACUGUAACUGUGUGCUUAAAGGAAGAUAUUACAUAUGUGUGCUCUUCUUCCCAAGGUCAGAAUGCAAGGGCAAAGAAGAACCAGCACAAUUGUAUCUGUAGCAAGUGUGAGUGGAGGCCAGGCUUGAAAAGAAGGAGGAACAUUCCUUGCUGGCUAGGAUGGGGAAGCUGAGGCACAGAGAUUAAGUGACUUUUCCAAGGCCACACAGCAAGUCAGUGGCAGAUCCAGGAUUAGCGCUCGGGGACUUCCUGGAUCCCUCUUCCAUGCUUUAAGCAGUAGAGCACAGUGUUCACUGGACUCAGCAAGCAACUCAUUGCAGUAAUGGACAGUUCCAAGGACUUGCACAUGAGAAAUGAUGAAGAGGCUGUUGUGGAUAGAGGUGGAACUCGAUCCAUUCUCAAGACACAUUUUGAAAAGGAAGAUCUAGAAGGCCAUCGAACAUUGUUCAUUGGGGUACAUGUGCCACUGGGUGGAAGAAAAAGUCACCGACGCCAUCGGCACCGUGGGCAUAAACACAGAAAGAGAGACAGAGAGCGGGACUCAGGAUUAGAAGAUGGGAGAGAAUCUCCUCCUUUUGAUACCCCAUCACAAAGGGUGCAGUUUAUUCUUGGAACAGAAGAUGAUGAUGAGGAACACAUUCCUCAUGAUCUCUUCACUGAGCUUGAUGAGAUCUGUUGGCGUGAAGGAGAGGAUGCAGAGUGGAGGGAGACAGCAAGGUGGUUGAAGUUUGAAGAAGAUGUAGAGGAUGGUGGAGAGAGGUGGAGCAAACCCUAUGUUGCCACAUUGUCACUUCAUAGCUUGUUUGAGCUGAGGAGCUGCAUCCUGAAUGGCACAGUUCUUUUGGACAUGAGAGCUAACUCCAUAGAAGAAAUUGCAGAUAUGAUUCUGGACCAGCAGGUGGGUUCUGGGCAGCUCAGUGAGGAUGUUCGUCACAGAGUGCAUGAGGCAUUACUGAAACAGCAUCACCACCAGAACCAGAAGAAGCUGAGCAACAGGAUCCCAAUUGUAAGAUCCUUUGCUGAUAUUGGAAAGAAGCAGUCUGAGCCCCAUUCCAUGGAUAAAAAUGCAGGUCAGGUUGUUUCCCCACAGGCUACUCCAGCCUGUAUUGAAAACAAAAAUGAUGUGAGCAGAGAAAACAGCACUGUUGACUUCAGCAAGGUUGACCUACACUUCAUGAAAAAGAUACCACCUGGAGCUGAAGCAUCAAACAUCUUAGUUGGUGAACUCGAGUUCCUGGACCGUGCUGUGGUGGCUUUUGUUAGGUUGUCUCCUGCAGUGCUGCUUACAGGACUGGCUGAAGUUCCAAUUCCAACCAGAUUUUUGUUUAUUCUUCUUGGACCACUGGGUAAAGGCCAACAAUACCAUGAGAUUGGAAGAUCAAUCGCAACACUAAUGACAGAUGAGGUAUUCCAUGAUGUUGCUUACAAAGCAAAGGACCGCAAUGACUUGGUGUCUGGAAUUGAUGAGUUUCUUGAUCAGGUUACUGUUCUCCCUCCUGGAGAGUGGGACCCAACAAUUCGAAUAGAACCACCUAAAAAUGUUCCGUCUCAGGAGAAGCGCAAGAUCCCAGGAGUUCCAAAUGGAACUGCAGCCCAUGGGGAAGCAGAACAUCCUGGGGGACACUCUGGACCAGAACUGCAACGCACUGGAAAAUUUUUUGGAGGAUUAAUAUUAGAUAUCAAAAGAAAAGCUCCCUUCUUCUGGAGUGACUUCAGGGAUGCUCUCAGUUUGCAGUGUCUGGCAUCAUUUUUGUUUCUCUACUGUGCUUGCAUGUCUCCUGUCAUCACAUUUGGUGGUCUGCUGGGAGAAGCAACUGAAGGUCGUAUAAGUGCAAUAGAAUCGCUGUUCGGAGCAUCCAUGACUGGAAUUGCCUACUCUCUUUUUGGAGGACAGCCUCUCACUAUACUUGGCAGCACAGGACCAGUUUUAGUGUUUGAGAAGAUCUUAUUCAAAUUUUGCAAAGAGUAUGGGCUGUCAUACCUUUCUCUGAGAGCCAGCAUUGGGCUGUGGACUGCAAUCCUGUGCAUCAUUCUUGUUGCAACUGAUGCAAGCUCCCUAGUCUGCUACAUUACCCGGUUUACUGAAGAAGCCUUUGCUUCUCUUAUCUGCAUCAUUUUCAUUUAUGAGGCCUUAGAGAAGCUGUUUCAUCUCAGUGAGACGUAUCCAAUCAACAUGCAUAAUAAUCUGGAGCUGCUGACAAAGUACUCAUGCAAUUGUGUGGAACCAGAACAUCCUAGCAAUAAAACCUUACAGUACUGGCAGGACUACAAUAUAUCUGCAUCUGAUGUGCCAUGGGGGAACCUAACAGUGUCAGAAUGUAAGAAGUUUCACGGUGAGUUUGUUGGGCGAGCCUGUGGUCAUCAUGGCCCCUACGUUCCAGAUGUGCUCUUCUGGUCUGUCAUCUUGUUCUUCUCUACAGUAACGCUCUCAUCCACUCUGAAGCAGUUCAAAACCAGCCGAUACUUCCCAACAAAGGUACGCUCUGUUGUCAGCGAUUUUGCUGUCUUUCUCACUAUUUUGUCCAUGGUUUUAAUUGACUAUGCCAUUGGAAUUCCAUCACCAAAACUUCAGGUUCCAAAUGCUUUUAAGCCCACCAGAGAUGAUCGUGGCUGGUUUAUUACUCCUUUGGGGCCUAAUCCUUGGUGGACAGUGAUAGCUGCUAUAAUUCCAGCCCUGCUUUGUACUAUCCUUAUCUUUAUGGACCAGCAGAUCACAGCUGUCAUUAUCAAUAGAAAAGAACACAAACUAAAGAAAGGAUGUGGGUACCACCUCGACCUACUCAUGGUGGCAGUGAUGCUUGGUGUGUGCUCUAUUAUGGGAUUGCCGUGGUUUGUUGCAGCCACUGUCCUCUCUAUUUCCCAUGUGAACAGCUUAAAACUGGAAUCGGAGUGCUCCGCUCCAGGGGAGCAGCCAAAAUUUCUUGGAAUCCGGGAGCAAAGAGUCACAGGGCUCAUGAUUUUUAUCCUUAUGGGCUCAUCUGUCUUUUUGACAAGUAUUCUAAAGUUUAUUCCUAUGCCAGUGCUUUAUGGAGUGUUUCUUUACAUGGGUGCUUCAUCUCUAAAGGGAAUUCAGCUUUUUGACAGGAUAAAGUUAUUCUGGAUGCCUGCAAAGCACCAGCCAGAUUUUAUUUAUCUAAGGCAUGUUCCUCUUAGAAAGGUCCAUCUCUUCACUAUAAUUCAGCUGAGUUGUCUUGUGCUUCUCUGGAUUAUAAAGGUUUCAAGAGCUGCCAUUGUCUUUCCUAUGAUGGUCCUAGCUUUGGUAUUUGUUCGAAAACUCAUGGAUUUCUUUUUUACCAAGCGGGAGCUCAGUUGGUUAGAUGAUUUGAUGCCUGAGAGCAAGAAAAAGAAACUGGAAGAUGCGGAGAAAGAGGAAGAACAAAGUAUGUUAGCAAUGGAAGAGGAAGGCACUGUUCAGUUACCACUAGAAGGACAUUACAGAGAUGACCCAUCUGUGAUAAACAUUUCUGAUGAAAUGGCAAAAACUGCUGUGUGGAAGACAUUGUUGAUAUCCUCAGAGAAUGCAAAAGAUAAGGAGUCAAGCUUUCCUUCUAAAAGUGCUGAAAUCAGAAAAGAGAAGAAAGCUGACUCAGGGAAAGGUGUUGACCGGGAGACUUGUCUAUGACUUGCUCUUCAAGUAAUUUUUUUACAAAUGAAUUAGAGUGCCACAACCACUAAAUAUAAAUUAUUUAUCUUGUAACUUUUAUCUUUCAUCUCAAACUAGCACAGGUAAUGUAGUGCAAUACUUGUCUCAUUCCACCUUGUCUACCUUGUCUAGUAUCAAUGUAAAUGUCUGCAGUAGCCAAUGCAAAAAAUCUUUGUGUUUGUUGCUGAUCUUGGCCAUUUAUCAGUACUUGUAUCAGAAAUGUAAGAAGCAAAUUUUCUUUCAAAUUCAACUUUCCUGUUAAUAGGUUUGUACUGUAUUUUGCUACUUUUUCUGUGUGAAAAUACUUAAUAAUCUUGAUUCAAGAUGAACUUGAAAACCCCUGUUCCAAUUUUUUUUUUUUUUAAAUCACCUAACUAGUAAAUGAUUUCAGGACACCCAAACUGAUGAGCAAACAUUAAGAAGUUUAUAAAAUAACAACUGAUCUGACCCUGUGAAUAAACUAACAAGGAUAAUACUUUCCUCCUUCAUCUGUCCAUCUGAAGUCAUGGAUUCAGUUUUGCAAUGUGAAUUGCAGGGUCAGAUUCUGUAUUUGUGAAGUUUUCCUUGAUUUAAUACAGUGUAUUUAAUAUUAAAAUUUGUAUGUAACUGGAUCAUAGUCCUAUAUAUAUAUAAAUAUAUAUAUAUAUAUAAAAUUAUAUAUUAAAACAUUUUCUCACCUUAGCUAAAGAACACCACCACAUCCUUUGAUGUGAAACAUGGGUACAGUUUUUCUUAAAAUGCAAUGUGAUUCCAGUAUCUUAUCUUGUAUUGUAUGAAUGUUGCCAUGGUAGGCCAAACAAAUGCAUUUUGUCAUGAAUCAAUCCUUUAUUUUAUAAUAGGGAAAAUUUUGUAGAUACAAACUAUACCCCACACGCAGUUUUAUCAUCUGCCCAAUGAUCUUCCUCUUUAUUGCCUAAAGUUCAGCCACAUAAGGGAGGUACUUAUAUUGUCUUCUCUCCACUAACAAUUGUAAAGCUCUUCAUUUCAGAGAUUGUGUAUAAUACUUAAAUGGGUAUCCUGCUGUUGUUUUGUUACAGCUCUUAAUUAUUCCAUCAAGUACAUAUUGAUUAAAAGAUAAAAACAACAUUGCAAAGUAAAAUGUGGCUAUAAGGCUAUUACAUUUUUUGUAAUGGAUGUUAUUGCCUAAUCCUUCAAGCUGUUCUUUUGUGUAAAAGACUACAAGAUUAGGUAUUGAAUGAAUAGGGAUGUGGAGCUAAAGUUCUAUUGUGUUAUUUCGAGUUCACUGAUUUUUAAAUUUUUUAAGAUAAAUUUUUAAAUUAUUAAAAUGAAAGCAAACUAUCAGUAUUAUGCUGUAACUUUGAAUCCUAAAAAUAAGAAUUUUAGUCUUGCAAUCUUUGUAAGAACUCAUCCAUAGGGCUCUAACACUCCCCAGCUUUCCCAAAUAUGCUAAUUUUCUAUACACCUCAUGAACAAGUUUUCCCAUUCAGCACAUUUAAAGUAUUCCAAUGUUUUUGUGUAUGUGAGUGUGUAUGUUUUAAUACUUUAGCCAUAAAUAAUUGCAUUUUGCUGCAAACUUAAUAGGGUCACUGUUCUAAAUUUACCUUAGCAUUAUCAAAGCCCAUUAAAAGCAUUUUUAUGGAGAAAAAAAACUAAUGGACGCGAAGAAGGAUUCACAUCUAAUUCAAUGUUUUGUAUAUGUAAAUUUAGGAAAAAAAUUCUGAUGCAUUAAGGUUAAAUGCUUCGUUUUGUGUACUUGAUGAUAAAUUGUAAGAUUCCAGUUGUUUUAAGGUUAGUAUAGAAGCUCAAUACUGGUUUGUCCUGAAAGCAGCCUGAUGGUGUUUUAACAUGUUGCUGACUUUGUUACAGAUAAUGUAUACAAUCAAAAUGUAUUAGCUUCACUUGACCAACUCUUAGAAUAUUAAGAAAUCAGUGUAUUCAAUGGCAUUCUGUAUUUCUGUUCAGUAUUUCAGAGUGGUUUUAUUUUAAAACACUCUGGUUUUGCGUGAAUUUAAGUGCUUUUCCAAUGCUAAUCUUAACGUUCUGAAAUCACACACAAUGUAAAGCAGAUGUAGUGCUAUAUUUACUUCUAAUUUCAUAUUCCUGGUCAAAAUUACUCAACUUCUUGGAUGUAAUUUAUUACAAAAGUUUAUGUGUACAUGUGAAUAGACUAUUGUGUUUUUCACAAUUAAGAUAUGUUAUGUGAAAAUAAAUAUUUAUCCUAACUAA